AUGACCAUGUCGCAUCUACUGAAGCAAACGAAAAAGUGCUGCGUGAAGAUAAUCCGGAAGCUGUCGUUCAACCCGAGUGCCACAACGAACGGCAGUGGCGGUGGAUUCGACAAGUCGCCCACGAACAACGGCCACGGGUUGAACAAUCGCAUCACGGCAAAGUACGUGCUGCACAAGAACUGCACCCCGACACGCUGCAAAGUGCAGCCCCGCGAGGCCAGCACCGUGUUCGACGAACCACCCUCGGACGGUUGGUUCGAGACGGAGGCGGCCAACGGAGCCGGAUUCUAUCCGCUGGCGGAGGAGGAACAUCAAGAGUCGACGGUAUCGUUCCGGCGGUCCUCGUCGCCAUCGCCUAGGGCGACCCCGGCCAUACCGGAGACGCAGAACAACUACAAGCUGAGCCGAAACACCAAGAACCUGCCGAAGAAGCGCAUGAACAUCACGAGCAAUAAGAACGUGAACCUGCGCAAGUGCUUCCGGUUGCGCUCGAAGACGUUCGAUGGUCCGGUGGGUGGUGGUGGUGUCGUGGAGGAACCGACGAUGGAGUCGGGCGAUGGCGUCCCGUCGGUGGUGGACGGUGCGUCGGUGGAGAGCAAACCUCGGGUGCCCGAUUCGUCCACGCUGGCAAGCAACAACAGUAGCAGCCGCUUGAUCGGAGCCAAGUUGGACAAGAUCAGCAAGAGUUUGAUGCGUGGAUCGACCGGUGAAGGCGAGACGGAAAUAUCGAAACCCCUCUUUCUGACCGCUAAGAAGUGUGCCCGGCGGAGCCACUAUAACCACAUCGAGAUGGACGCCGCAGAUGAUGACGACGAGUUCGACGAGGUGGACGACCUGGAGGACGGCCCUCAUCGGCAACUACGCGGCGAAGAGAUGAUCCUCACGUCCACCAUGGAGUCGGCACAGAGCAGGGAACGGUUGGAGCAGGAAACCACUCUAACGGUGGAGGAACCUUCGGCGGCACCCUCGGUACUGGAGCGGCUUACGGUGGCCGAAACGGCCGCAGCCAUCCUCUUCGAGAAGGUGAAGUACGACCGUACCAAGCGCUACCUGAUCGACCAGCUGACGGAAGGCGGUGAGGCGUAUGUGGACGGCUCCAGGCAAGGUUCUCCUACAGCAGCAGCAUUCCAGCUCUCCUCAUCCUGUUCGUCGUCACCGUUUCACCUUGCGAUGGCUGCGGCGGUCGCGUCCAAGAGUGAGGACUUCAUCGACCCCUGGAAGAACUACAACAUCCGUGGAGGCGCCAGCUGGGAUAAGGUAUCCAAGAGUCCGUGGGACUCGUCGGUCAAAGCGAGUCCCGUGCGAUGCAACUCCGGAGGCGGGGAACCAAGUCCUACGGCGACUACCGCCACCACCACCACCACCGACCAAAUGCAGCCCCCAGUCACGGCGUACCCCACGCGAACCCAUUGGAAUCCUUUCGAGUACUCGCCGGCGCACCUAUCCCGACUUCAGUCGCAGGCCUCGACGCCGCAGCGAAAGCAACCACAGUAUCGGCCGGCGUUCCAGGUGCAGACCGACGUCUGGGAGAACCUCAACAACAAGCACUACGAGAUCGACACGGACGUGGUUUGGCGGUCGACGCGCUGCUCGUCCCGGCGCACCAGCGCCAGCACGGUGGAGACGUGGAUCGACGACGAAACGUUCGACAACUCGUUCAACGAGGAGCUGGAGCGACGCUGCACCACGCUCAAGAUAUGCGAGUGA